AUGGAAACAAAAGAAGAAUUCGUGUUCAAGAAGUUGAAAAUGGGCGAUAAGAAGAGUAGGAGAAAGGUAGAUGAAGCAGCUGUAUUUGAGGAAGAGGAGUUCGUAUUCAAGACAGUUAGCGAGAAGAAGCCAAGGAAGACCACAAAGAAAAAGAAUAAGAAAAAUGUAUUAGAGUUUUCUUCAAUUAUAUGCGAAGAAAUACCAGUGAAUCAGGCAAUAAAGGAAAUAAAGUGCGAUGAAGUGGAUUUAAAUGGACUCUAUGAUGGAGUUACAGAAAUAAACAGCCUGAUACAGGCAGCACUAAGGGAGAUCAACACCAAAACAAGGGGAAGCAAGGCCAUUGAAGAAUACGCAAAACAGUGCAAAUUUAUUGCAUUUAAAAAUAGAGCUGAUCCAGGGUAUGUUGAAUCAAAGAGAGAAGAAUAUGAGAGGGAAAUAGCCAAGUGGAACAGAAUACGGGAUGAAAUGAUGAAGAAGUGUUUGAUCAAAGAGGAGUUACUUAAGAUGCCAAAGAGAACUGAGAUUGAUUUCAGGCAACUUGAAAAAGGUAAUGAAGAUCAGAAGGCUGAGUUUGAGGCAAAUGCGUUGCGAAUGCAAAUAGCAGAGGACAAUCUGCUGUUUAGAAUGAAUCAGAUCAAUAAAAAGGCCAAUCAGUUGAUCAGGAAUGUUUUUGAUGAAACUGAAGAGAAGGAGAUGAAUCCUGUGCUGAUUCUAAAGGCCCUCACAAAAAUAGCAUAA